AAGAGGAGAGAGAGGCACUGGGUUGAGAAAAAGAGGGGGUGUUGAGGAGGAGGAGAGAGUCUGAAGGCAACAACUUAAAACAGUGAGAACAGAAGACGGAGUGGGUAAAACGCUGAGAGCAGACGGAGUGGGAACAAGAAAGAAAGAGAGAAUAGACUUUUAUUGCCAUCAAACAGAGAUGAUGUCACAGCGCAGGAACCUGGCUUUGCUUCUUUUUCUGAGUGUCUCACCUCUCCUCCACUCCCACCUAUUCACUCACGCCGCCUCUACUUCCCCUCCCGCCACUCAUCCACGGAUCAUAGUGAGAGAUGAUUAUUAUGACUAUGAUGACACAGACAACCACAGCACUCCUCCCAAAGUGCUGACCCCUGUGAAAACUCCAAUUCUGCGGUCCCAAAUCUGCCAGUACAACCCCUGCUCUGAGAAUCAGGAGCCCUGCUCCGAGCUUUCAGCCAGGACUGGGUGCCUCUGUCCUGGGCUCAGCGGGGAUGACAAGCCUCCUCAUGCUCCACGCAUCCAAGACCUGCUGCUAGUCAAACAGGGGGACAACAGAGGGAAGGUAGAGAUCCAAUGGUGUGCUCCAUCUUCUAAGGUGUCUGGGUACAGAGUGGUGGUCGAGAACAGUGAAGGAGAUGUCCUGGAGUUUGGGGACACUUCGCGACGAGGUUUAGUGGGGCAUUUGGAAGUUGGAACCAAGGUGUGCGUGGAGGCGGUGAACAAAGCAGGACACAGUGAGCCCUCAGAGUUCUCCUGUAAGCGGUAUGACCCUCCUACAUCUCCAGACCAUAAACUGCUGGCGGGGAUAGUAGGAGGAGGAGUCGCCCUGCUUGUGCUCCUCAUCAUAGCAGCCGUGAUCCUCUGGCAGUAUCAGAUGUUCAAAAAGGCAAAGAGAGACUCCAAUGAUGGACUUGGGAACCCUUCUUAUAGCAGAGAGGGAACUCUGUGAUCCAGUUCAGUACUGACAAUCCAUCUCAUUCUCAGCAACACUAAACAGGCCCUUUGAGACAGAGGGGGAUGACAGUGUGAUCAGGAACAAAAGCAAGUUCUGAGGUGAUGUUUUUAUUAAUUAUAGAGUCGAGAAGAUGUUUACAUUCAUGUUUCAAGGAAUAUGUAAAUAUAUUGGAAAAUGAGCUGAGGUGAUCAAGGAAUACCACUAACAAAGAAUUAACUUUGGUUAUUUUAGGGCUCGAUCUACGGGUUUAUUUGCAGGCAAAUUAACCUCUGUAGGUUUACUUUAGUGUUUUUAAUUCUAUUGUGGCUCUAUUUAAUUGUAAAUAUUAUUUUUUAGGAUAUAACCUUAAGACUAAAACUUUUGUAAUAAACUAAAACUUAUUUUAAUAAAACUGUGUAAAAUGUCUUGGUUGAAUCUUUGCUUCCACUAGAAAGGUUUUGCAGAUAUACUGUGCAACGUAACAUGCAAUUAUAGGAAAGUCUCUGGAGCUUUACUAAGGUAGACCUAAAGAUAUUCUUUCAUUUGUGUUUGUUUCCCCUCUAAUUUAUUCAGAUUUUAAGUACACUUACUCAAGCACUGAAUUAAAGUGCAAUUUUAAGGCACUUGUACUUUACUUGAGUAAUGUAAUUUUAUGUUACUUUGUACCUCUAUUCCACUGCAUUUCAGAGGGAAAUAUUGUGCUGUAUUGUACAAUUAUUUAAUAGCUAUAGUUUUUAGCUAUUUUGUCAGAUCACUAUUUUAUGCAUUAAAUAUAAGAUCAGGCUAUAAAAUAUGUGUUGUUAUAGAUUAGACUACCCAGUAGUUUAAGUUGUUAAAAUUAGCUUACACAUUAAAAUGCUGCUUACAUGUAUAUGUCAAUGAAUCAGUAUUAAUAUUCCAGUAAUGUUAUAUAUAUGAUAUAUAACUCUCUAAAAUAGAAUCUAUUCGAGCUUUGAUGAAGGCUGCUCAAGAGCUCAAACUACUCCUUUAAUCUUUCUUGUGUAAACAAAUUUGGAGGGCCAAGGAGGGGAGGAGGGUUCAGUUUCUUUGAUAUGCUGUUUUUCCAUCUGGGUGAUUGGACUGGGGAUUUCAAGAUCCUGUAUACUCUGCAACAGUAGACAUAUGCUAUGUAUCUAAAUAUGUGUGUACAAACAGAUGAUAUAAGCUUGGCAGCUACACUCUAUGGUUUUUGUUUCUUUCCUUUGUUUUUUUCAGUUUGUUUCAGCUUGUGGUUAGAGGCCGCUCUUUGUUGAGUUGUUUUAGUAAUGUAAAGACCCUAGACAGAGAUGUUGAUACAUCUGAGUUUUUGAUUAAUGUAGAAUAUUCUUUGUA